AAAAAAACUGAAACUGUCCUCCUUCCUCUCGUGUAGAAAAUGUUGACCAUGCUGCACCACGCGGUACCACGCGGUGAUCAAUAGCGUAUGUCUAUAAGAAUUGCGCGGCAUAGCAAAGAAUUAAUUUGUAGGUUAAAUGGGUCGCAAAGGAAAAUUUGAUAAAGACCUCAGUGGUCGUGGAAGGAAAGCAAAGAAACAGAAUGAUCCAACAUUUCCAAAAGGAAUUCUAGAUAAAGAAUCUAAUACGUUAAGUCACCGACAGAAACAAAGAGCAAAGAAAAGACUAUUGAAGAAUCAACAGCUAAAAGAAAAUGCAAAGAAAUUGCUCAAAAAGAAAACUACUGUGGAAGAACAACAAGUACAGUCAAAAAAUAGGAAAGACAUAUUAAAGCAGCAGAAAGAGAAGAAGGAGAAGAAAGUAAAGUUUGUCAAUGAGAAAAGAGAUAAGAUGGUAAUCCAAUCUGAUCUGAGCUCAAAGCUAAAAACAAAAGUGAAACAAAAUAAGAAGAAAACAAAGGGGAAACAGAAAGACAUAAUAAAAAAUGUAGAAAAUGAUAGUAAUAAGAAUCAUCACAGUAAAGAUGAUAAAAUUAAAAUAUAUUCCAAUAAUCAGGUAUCGAAGCUAAGUAAGAAAGCUAAACAAAAUAAAAAAUUGAAAGGCAAAACUAAGAUCAAUAUAAAAAGUGAAAGUUAUAGUGAUAAUAAUUAUAGUGAAGAUGAAGAAAUGGAAAUAUACUCUAAUAAACAAGUAACCAAACUAGGCAAAAAAGCAAAGCAAAGCAAAAAGAAGAAAAAUAUGAAAGUUGAGAGCAAUGAAGAAAGUGAAGGUGAUGAUGAUAUGUUAUUUAAUGACGAUGAAAUUGAGGAAGAUGAAGAUAAACAAAUGAAUGAAAUGAAUACGAGUGAGGAUGAAGAACAUAUGAGUGAAGAUGAAAACGAAACAAGCGAGAAUGAAGAGGACAUAAGCAAGAAUGAAGAGGAUAUAAGUGAGAAUGAAGAGGAUACAAGCGAGAAUGAAGAGGAUACGAGCGAGAAUGAAGAAGAUACGAGCAAGGAUGAUAAUCAAUUGCUGUCUGCAGCAAAGUCAAAGAAAAACUUAAAGAAAACAAAAAAAUUUAUGGAGGAUAAUAUAGAAAGUGACAGUGAAGAGAUGGUUUCCAGUGACGAGGAAAAAUCUACCGAAGAUGAGCAAAUGGAGGAAGAUGGAGAAGAAAAUGAUGAAAGUGAUGAUGAUGAUGAUGAUGAUGACUUACUUCCAAUAGAAAAAGCUAAUAAAAAACUGAAAAAGAAAAAAGAGAAAGAACAAAAGCUUGCUGAGGAAGAAAUGGAAGAUAUGAUGGCGCAUCAAAGUGUAUUCUCUUUUCCAAAUGACGAAGAACUUACCAAUGUUACUAAUUUGAAAGAUAUUCAGCAACGAAUACGAGAUGUUAUCAUGGUGUUAUCAGAUUUCAAGAAAUUACGGGAGAAAAAUAGGUCACGUUCUGAAUAUACUGAAUUACUUCGAAUGGACUUAUGUACAUAUUACAGUUAUAACAAUUUCCUAAUGGAAAAAUUGAUGCAAAUGUUUCCACUAGAUGAGUUACUAGAAUUUUUGGAAGCGAGUGAAGUACAAAGACCUAUGACUAUCCGAGCGAAUACUUUGAAAACCAGACGACGCGAUUUAGCUGAAGCUCUCAUCAAUAGGGGUGUUAAUCUUGACCCAAUAGGAAAAUGGACAAAGAUUGGUUUGGUAGUGUAUUCCUCACAAGUGCCUAUGGGCGCAACACCGGAAUAUCUAGCUGGACAUUAUAUGAUACAAGGCGCUUCGAGCUUCUUGCCCGUAAUGGCGUUAGACCCGAAAGAAAAUGAAAGAAUUCUCGACAUGUGUGCUGCACCAGGCGGUAAAGCCUCGCACAUUGCUGCCAUUAUAAAAAAUACUGGAACUCUAUUCGCUAACGAUUUAAAUAAAGAACGAUUGAAAGCUGUUGUUGGCAAUUUCCAUAGACUUGGUAUUGUCAAUUGUGUAAUCAGUAGUUACGACGGGCGAAAAUUCCCUACGAUUAUAAAAGGUUUCGACAGAGUUUUAUUGGAUGCUCCGUGUACAGGUACAGGAGUAGUCGCAAAAGAUCCUAGUGUAAAAGCGAGUAAGGCAGAAAUAGAUAUUCAACGCUGUUGCACGUUACAAAGAGAACUGUUAUUAGCUGCGAUUGAUUGUGUUAACGCGCGUUCGGAAUCAGGUGGUAUUAUUGUUUAUUCGACUUGCUCGAUUUUACCAGAGGAGAACGAAUGGAUCAUCGAUUACGCUCUUAAAAAACGCGACGUUAAGUUACUACCUACUGAUUUGGAAUUUGGAACUGAUGGUUUCACGAGUUACAGACAAUAUCGAUUUCAUCCCUCGUUGAAAUUAACUAAACGGUUUUACCCGCAUGUACAUAAUAUGGAUGGUUUCUUUGUAGCAAAAUUAAAAAAAUUCUCCAAUAAUAUUCUUAAUCAAAAAAAUGUAAAGGAAGAAAUGUCUGAUUAA